AUGAUACUUCGAGCGUUCUCAUCGCUUCUUUGUGCCUCAAAAGUUAAUGAAUCAGCAAAAGAAACGGAAAUUUUAAUUCGAUUAACACCAUCAGCAAAAUGGAAUAGCGAUCUACAACGAUUAAAUGACACAAUCAAAUCAAACACAAUCGGUUUAUCUGGACGGAGGUUCUUUUUCGUAACAAAAACAUUCAUUCUAGCUAUGAUUGGAACUGUUGUGAAAUAUGAGCUUGUUCUACUCGAUGAGGUUAACAACUUUGGUGGACUUCCUGAUGUUUCUAUUUUUAAGUUCUCUUACAAAUUACCGACUUUAUUUCGUGAAUGGAUUUAUUUUGAUUAUUAUGUCGCUCAUGUCAACGACGUCGACAAUGGAAAGUUUAAGGCAUUAAAUUCCGUUCACAUUCUUUUUAUCUUCAUGAUUAUGACACUCAUUGAAGAUAUUCUCUCGUAUGCGACAGAUUAUGAAAGCAGUUCACGUUGCUUCCAUAUAUAUGCGAGCUCAUUUGAAGGAUUUACACGUGGAAUUAUUCCAUCAUUCUUUAAAGUAUUUACAUAUUCGCAUUAUUGGGGAGCUUUCUUCAUUAUUACGCGUUUCUAUAGAUCCAUCAUAUGGAGCUUUAGUAAUGUCUUUCUUGUCGUCAUCUAUUAUGUGAUUUAUAAUAAAGUCAAAAAGUUUAAUGAGAGAAUCGUUGCUAUGGAAUGUUUGAUUAAACUACUCCAACAAUAUGCAACAUAUGAAAAAGUAGCCAUAUCAACAUACGACAUCAUUCACAUCACAAAACCUUCAAUUUUACAUCUACUUGGAACAAUUAUUACUUAUGUCAUGGUGAUUGCCACUUUCGCUUCACAUGAAAAGUUUGAUUUGACAGCUCAACAUUGUGAAUAUUAA